AUGACUGAUAAAGAAGGUACAUCUGCAUCCUCGGAUGCCGCCGUGCACAAGCCUCUCCAUCCCGUGUAUACGGUAAGUAAUAUUCAGCACAAAGUUCGCGUUUUAGAUGGCACCAACGUAUCUUAUGCAUCAUGGGUCAAGUUGUUUACGCUUCACGCCAAAGGGUACAAGGUGCUGUGCCACAUAGACGGUACACCGUCACCCGGAAAAGACACACCCGACUUUGCCGAAUGGGAGAACAUCGACUCCAUUGUCUUACAAUGGAUCUAUGGCACUCUCUCGGACGCUCUUCUUGUUCGGGUCUUAACCGAUGAGUCCACCGCCCAUGAAGCUUGGCUCCGUGUCAAACGCCUUUUUGUUAACAACAAAGGUCCACGGUCACAGGCCCUUCAACAUGAAUUAGCUAAUACCACCCUUGCCUCCAUGCCGAACCUUGAAGCGUAUUGUCAAAAAAUAGUGUUACAUAAGAUAGUAUAA